UAUAUGUGUCCAUUUAGCCUGACAUAACAUACAUAAUGUAGGUUUGGUUGUACUAUUCUGUCUGGUCCAUUAUCAAUUUGAUUAGAGAGUACUGAUAUGAGAUAAGCUGCCAGGGGUGAUCAACCUUUCUCAAGACUAAGAAUAUACAAGAAAAUAAGUAAAAUAUGAAUGAAUUAAAACCAUAGUUAAAAAAAUAUAAUUGUAAAUACCCCAUUUAAUGUCAGUAUUGUGGAAACUUCGUAUAUCAAAAUAUUGCUGUCUCAGUUUUUAUAGAACAAAAGAGAGGGAUGAAAACAUAUUUUGCAUGAGUUUGCAAUAGGUUAAAAACUUGAAUAGCCUGUGUUCUACAGCUAUGUCAAAAUUACUUACUACCAUUGAGACAUUCUGACAAAUCUAAAUUGUAGUAUAAUCCUUAGAAAGAAUUUUAUUCACGCUUUUAUUUGAAAUCCUGUAUAUUUAUCUAUAGAUACAUCAAUGUAGUUGUUGAUACAUCUUAUCAGUGACAGUACUCUGAUGGUUUCCGAGUUCUGUAGUGUUUAAGAAUCUAGACAUUUUAAUGUCUGUGCAAAAAUGUACAAUUUUGUUACACAAUCACAUAAAGUUUUGGAUUAUUUUAAGGAUCAAUGGUAUCAAGUGAAAUCAUACACACGGGCGGGCACAGAUGGCGCCGGCGAAGCGGGCUCGCUGGACAUGGGCAGCCGGUCUUCUCUGCACACCGGCCUGCAGAUGUCCGAAGACGAGCACUGGGAGAUGAACUAUCAUGAGGCAGCUAUAUAUUUAGAGGAAGGCUUAAACAAUGAGAAGUUCGACUCUCAUCCAUCCAGUCCUGAGGAGCUACCGGCGUAUCUAAGGGUACACAACCCCUGGUACCACGGCUUAGACCUGCUCGCAUCCCUCGUGCUCAUCCUGCUAGCUUUCACUGAGGACCCAGCAGUACCUGCUUUUGAGUUACCAGUGUGGGCGCACGGCACUAUAGAGCUACUAGCUCUGACCAUAAUUGGAGUGGAACUGCACCUUAAGCUAAAAUGGAUAGGCUGGAGCACCAUACUCAAACAUAAAAGGACUAUGAUUAAGGGUAUAACGUUAUUAAUAAUGGUGCUAGAAGCGGUGGUAGUUGUAUGCAGACAGUCGUCUCACUUCCGCGUGACGCGAGCAUUGCGUCCAAUAUUUCUGGUGGACACGCGGCACUGCGGCGGCGUGCGACGGUUCAUUCGGCAGAUUUUACAGUCGUUACCGCCUAUAUUGGAUAUGUUAGGUCUUUUAAUGUUCUUCGUGGCGACAUAUUCGUUACUCGGAUUCUAUUUGUUUUCCGAACACAUUGACAACGGCCACUUCAAAACUAUUAGCGACUCCUUCGUCAGCAUGUUCGUUCUAUUAACAACUGCCAAUUUCCCUGAUGUAAUGAUGCCUUCGUAUGCCAAGUCCAAAUGGUACGCUGUCUUCUUUAUCCUGUACAUCAUCACUGUAUUAUACGUGCUUAUGAAUUUGAUGUUAGCCGUAGUAUACGAGACGUUCACUCGUAUAGAAAGAGAGAAAUGCCGCGCGUUGUUGUUGCACCGGCGCGUGGCCGCUCGCCGCGCCUUCCGCCUGCUGGUGUCGCGCCGCGCGCCGCGCGCCGUGCGCCUCAGGCACUUCGCCGGACUUAUCCGACACUACGCACCACACUAUAGCGGGCUGGACGUGUACCUGAUGUUCAAGCAGCUGAGCCAGUCGGGCGGCGGCGGGCUGUCGCGCGCGGAGUUCGCCAACGUGUACGAGGUGUUCGCGCUGCGCUGGGCGCCGCAGUCGGGCCGCGCGCCCUGGUACGCCGCCUCCGCGCUCGAGCCGCUCGGCCGCGCCGCCGCCGCCGCGCUGCGCUGGCCAUACUUUGAAUAUCUUAUAUAUGCAUUGAUAGUUGGCAACGGCGUGUCGCUGGUGCUGCGCGUGUGCGAGGCGGCGGGCGACCUGCAGGACAGCGCGCGGCUGCUCUGCGCCUCCUGGGAUACCUGGCUUUUCCUCACAUUGUUCCUGGUGGAGGCGUGCCUGCGCAUGCUGGCGAGCGGGCUGGCCGCGUACCUGGAGAGCGGCUGGAACGUGUUCGACCUCAGCGUGACGCUGCUCGCCCUCAUGGGCGCCGUGCUGCUCAGCAUCGCGCCCAAACUAUUCAUUGUCGUUAUAUUCAGGCCGCUACGUCUGAUGCGGCUGUACAAGCUGAAGAAGCGUUACCGCGACGUGUUCGGCACGCUGGUGCUGCUGUCGCCGCUGAUGUCCUCGGCGGGCUGCGUCAUGCUCGUCAUGUACUACUUCUUUGCGAUCAUCGGCAUGGAACUCUUCGCGGGAUACGAUCUCAAGAACUGCUGCGUUAACACAACGGUGGAGGACUUCUACAAGUACUCCGAGAACAGUUCGACGGCGCUGGGCUACUACUACCUGAACAACUUCGAGAACAUCCUGACGAGCGGCGUGUCGCUGUUCGAGCUGACGGUCGUCAACAACUGGUUCAUACUGAUGAACGCGUACGCCACCGUCGCCGGACAGUUCAGCAGGCUCUACUUUAUGGUAUUCUAUCUGUUUACGAUGGUGGUGCUGACCAUCGUGGUGGCGAGCGUGUUAGAGGCCUUUAGAUUUAGGAUACAGUACAAACGUAGUACUACUAAAAGAGAUGAGGAGAAGUUACUUCAUGAAGAAGUGCAUACAAACUGGGAGGAGGCGCAGCGGCUCGGCGUCAGCGGGGACCUGGCGGACGAGUUGAGGCCUUUCUUACCUCCAGGAGUGGAUGUAACGUUCAUCGGUUCCCGGCCUCGUACGAAGGAGGUGCUGCAGCGGCGCAUGUACCAAGCGGAUAUACAGAAAUGGCUGUCGGAGGAAGACGAAAGCGAAGAUUUGCCUCCAUCUACGACAGUGACGUCGAGCGAGGACCCGCUGUCGCCGCCGCUGGCGCAGGCUGACGGCGACCGGCAGCUGCGCCCCGGCUACCAGUUGUAGGACUUGCUGCUGCUCGCCUUACGCCACAGACUGCUCCCGCUCUGGGAAGCUUACAAUACUAUGUGAUAGUGAUUAGUGCAAGUGAAGUGAUUUUAGUGUAUCUGUGACAAUGUGACAGGUAUGUUUACAAUUUUGAGGUUAUGUUUUCGUUUGAGCCAAAUUGUCUUUGGUCUCAGCCCUUCUAGGUUACCCGAUUCAUGUUUUUUCGUAGAAUAUGGCUAUAAAAGUAUUUUUUAGUUGAUCUUUGACUAUUCCUUAUUAUGAUUACUUAAUUUUUUUAUUGAACCGAUUUAUUAGCAAAACUAAUUAAAUCAAUAAAUUGUAUAGAUUAAGAUGAAAAUUAUUCUCAUCGAAAUAAUUGUAAAUCACAUGACUAUAUUAGUAAACAAUUCUUACUAAUGGAUAUUACCCAUAAAUCCAUUUUAGUUAUAAGGAAUUGAGUCUGCAAUAAUCUGGUAUUGACUACAGAAGGCCCUAAUCACCUACAGCCUUACAAAUAAACGCAGUAUAAAGUAAAACUUAGGAAUAAACUGAAUAUAACAUCAUCAUCAACUUGCC